AACUCCACAAAGCGGCAUUUGACCUUGGUGAGUUUUCGGAUAGUUACGAAGAGAGGCAAGAGUAUUACUACAUAAUAUUCAAGGACUCCAAAGAAUCCUCCCAUCCUCCGGUUGGCCACCAGAAAGUGCUGCCAACUACGGGCAGGCCCCACGUAUGAAAGUGAGAGCGGCAACUUCGGCUCUAAUUAAGAAAACAGUAUAACUCCGCCUCAGUGCAACGCAAUGAGAAGGAAGAAGGGAAGGAGAGUCAGGCUUUCUACCCAACCCGUCCCAGGGUCCUUUAAGGGCCUUAUCCCUUCCUCCCAAGGAGGACAGUCCAGCCUGGCUCUCUGGCCCUGGCGGGAGAACGCAGGGAACCGCAGACGGUACCCCUCGAGCCCGGUCCCCGCGGACCUGCCAUCGGGACCCGCGCUCCCAGCCCCCGCCCGGCCCGCGUGGCCCGGCUUCUGCCCCGGCGGCCCCCGGCGCGGCGGGGGUCCGCCUCCCCGCGCAGGCCGGCCUAGGUGUCCCGGCGGCUCCCGGGCGCCCCCUGGCCCGGCUCCGGCGCCCGAGGUUUCCGGUGAGCUGCAGUCGCCGGUUAUGACGACUCCCUCCUCCGGAGCAGCCGCCGCCGCCGCUGCCUUCUCCGCAGCCCCGGUUCGCCCGACUCCAGGUUUGGAGGUUGCUAUGUUCAUGCUGCUUGUCUUUGGAGCAUUGCUUCAUGAAGUUCCCCUGAGUGGCCAAGACGAGGUUCCUCCCCAGGCUGAUGGCAUUCUGGGUGCUCCUCUGUUCAACUAUGCCAGCCUCCGCCUGCCAGAAGAGCAUAUUCCCUUCUUUUUGCACAAUAAUAGGCAUAUUGCCAUGGUCUGUAAGAAAGACUCGCAUUGUCCUUAUAAGAAACACUUAGAAAAUUUAAAGUACUGCUGGGGUUAUGAGAAAUCCUGCAGACCAGAGUUCAGGUUUAGUUACCCUGUUUGCACCUACGUGGAUAUGGGAUGGACGGACACUCUUGAAUCAGCCCAGGAAAUAUUCUGGAAGCAAGCUGACUUUGGGUAUUCCGGAGAGCGGCUGGAGGAACUCCACGUGCUCUGCCAGCCGAAGGGAAUGAAUGACUCAAGUCUAGUGUGUUCCCGUUACCUUCAGUACUGCAGAGCGACCAAUCUCUACCUUGAUUUAAGAAACAUCAAGAGAAACCACGACAGAUUUAAGGAAGAUUUUUUCCAGAGCGGGGAAAUUGGAGGACACUGUAAACUUGACAUUCGUAUGUUGAUGUCUCAAGGCCAGCGCAAAAGCCCUUUGCAGUCUUGGUUUGCUGAGCUACAAAGCUAUACUCAGCUCAACUUCAGACCAGUAGAAGAUGCUAAGUGUGACAUUGUUAUUGAGAAACCAACCUACUUCAUGAAAUUAGAUGCAGGUGUUAACAUGUAUCACCACUUCUGUGAUUUCAUCAAUCUUUAUAUUACUCAGCACAUUAAUAAUUCCUUCAGCACAGAUGUGCACGUUGUGAUGUGGGACACGGUAUGUUUUAAAGAAGCUGUUUUUUCCUUACUCCCCCGGAUGAGGUACGGGCUGUUCUAUAAUACCCCUCUGAUCUCUGGCUGUCAAAAUACCGGAUUAUUCCGGGCAUUUUCUCAGCAUGUACUACACAGACUGAACAUCCCACAAGAGGGUCCCAAGGAUGGAAAAAUUCGAGUCACCAUUCUCGCACGGAGCACAGAAUACCGGAAAAUACUCAACCAAAAUGAGCUUGUAAAUGCACUGAAAACGGUAUCUACAUUUGAGGUCCAGAUUGUCGAUUAUAAGUAUAAGGAACUUGGGUUUUUAGAUCAGCUAAGGAUCACGCAUAACACGGACAUAUUUAUUGGAAUGCAUGGAGCUGGUCUUACCCAUUUACUUUUCCUUCCAGACUGGGCUGCUGUGUUUGAACUAUACAACUGUGGAGAUGAACGCUGUUACUUGGACCUGGCCAGGCUGAGAGGCGUCCACUACAUCACUUGGAGAAGGCAGAGCAAAGUCUUUCCUCAAGAUAAGGGCCACCACCCAACUCUGGGGGAACAUCCGAAGUUUACCAACUACUCUUUUGAUGUAGAAGAAUUUAUGUACCUUGUCCUUCAGGCUGCAGACCACGUAUUGCAACACCCGAAGUGGCCAUUUAAGAAAAAACAUGAUGAGCUGUAAAUGUGUUGGGUCUUUUUGCCAAAAGGGAGUGUUUAGACGGUCCUCCGCCCAGACUCACCUCACAGUUAAAUAGGUAAAACAGCCUGUUUUCUCCUAGCCCCAAAGUACCUUUUUUUAAUACCAAAACAUGCCUUCAGGGUAUUACUUAUGUGUUUUAUAGUCUUUAACUGUUUCAUGUGAUUGUUGUGUCAUUGCUAUUUAUCAAGAUACUCUUUUUGCACUGAAAACUUUACUUUUUAUAGUUCAGAAACUGGGCCUGGGCUCACGGCCAUAACUGAGCUUUUUUCUUAGGGAUACCAAAGUUUGCAACUUUCUUAGCUUUAGAAUUUGUAAAUGUUUUUAUAGCAUACCAUGAGCUCGUCAUUCAAGAGGCUUCCAACUUGUUAAUGAUAUAUUUGAGCAAAUUCACAACUCAUUGAUUUGCCAUGACUUGUCCACAGCACAGUUUGUAGUAGGAAAGGAAAACAUGCAAACACACACACACACACACACACACACACACACACACACACACAGAGUUGUGGUUCUCAGUACCAAGCUAUAGGCCCGUGUUAUAGAUUAAACAGUAUUAGAAACAGAUCUGUUUAACUGUAUCAGAGUCUAAACUAACUCCUGCUGAAUUCUCUGUUGUAUCUUUUUAGUCAAUGCCAGGUUAUCUUCGUCAAGAACCUGAAUUAACCAUGCUGUUGCAUUAGUUGAUAUUUUGAACUAAUCAUGUUCAAAUCAUGUUUUCCUCACAUGUAACAACCACAUAUGAUAAAAACAAAUGAGGACGUCCUGUAGGACUGUUUUGUGUACCUUCUAGCUGCUUUCCACUGGUUCCUUCUUAGCCGUGGAGAGCAUUUACAAAUCACAUUGUGGUUUUGUUGCACACGUGCUUGUAAGUGCGUAGACCUGCGUGUAUGCGUCUACCUCUUUUAGCAUGGAAGUAUUCCAGUCUUCGAUUUUGCAAACUUUAAAUUAGUCACAAGGGGAGAUUUUUUUCCCUAUGAAAAAAGUAAAGACACGCACACACAAAAGGUAAAGACAUGCAUGAAUUAUCCAAUUCAAAAUGAAUAAGAAGCCAUAAGAAAGUGCUGCUGAUGAAACAGCGUAUCUGAAAUGCAGUCCCACUCUUUGAAUGGGCUUCAUUUCCUAUUGUCUAUGAACUUUCAAUUUAGUGGUCAGAAACCAUGGAUUUAUUUUACUGUAAAAUGUGGAGUUUACAUUUUAUUAACACUUGAGCAGUCUAAUUUAGAGACUAGCAACUUCUAUUUUUUUAAGUAGGGGAUUAACAGAGUACAGCAGAGCUAAGGAUUUAAAAAAAAAUAUUUUAGAGUUGUAAAAAAAAAAAAAAGAAUAUGCAGCAGAGAAGUGACCUGAGAAAUCUAAAAUAUUUAUUAUCUGGACCUUUACAGAACAUGUUUGCUGACUCCUGCUUUAAAGGAUUAUGAACAGUUUUCUAGAGUUGAGGAAUAUUUAUUAAAAUAUCUGUCAAGGAAUUAGUGAAUCACUGUAGCAAUAGCUUUGAUUUGAGAUCUUAACAUUGUUUUAAAAGACUGACAACAUAUGAAUUUUGAAAUGAGUGGUGUUGCUGCCGUCCUUUGUCCAGUAUACUGAGUAACCACUGAGAUUGCUCACAUAAAAGGAGCUGUCAAGACCACAUUGCACUUCUAGUCAGAGAGGUGUAAACAUCUGAAAAAAUGGCCUCGAGAAAGGUUUCAACAGUUUAUCUUCUUACGUCAUUUAAAAAACUAUGUGGCAAUGCGAUUCUGUAGAUGAUCAAGAAUUUCAGACGUUGAGAACAAUUUCAUAAUAAAAUGUUACAUUUGCAUAUUUCACAUUUAAAGAGACAAUAUGUUUUACAGAAACAAGAAAAUACAUUAGAUACUUUAUGGAACUCAGUUUUAUCAGACUUUUUUGAUGGGAGCAAAGGAAGGUCUUCAAAUUGUUAUAAAAUGUAAAGACUGCUCUUUUUAUGAAGUCUUUGAAGAGGUGCAUGUCAUUGUUUGUACAUGUGGGGUAUGGCCUUGGAAUAAAUCGUUUUACAAUUUAUUUGAAUACUGGACUAUUUUCAGGGUUUUCUGUGUCUGAAUGUCAGAUGCUUACUUUUUUUUCCGGCAGUCUGGCAGCUCUAGAUUAUACAAAUUGAGUAGCUCACUGAUGAAGAAUUCAGCUUAAGGAAAAAUUGUACCUUACAAUUAUUUAGCAGUUUAUCAUAUGAUGCUUUCACAAAUGUUAUAUUGCAUAAUCUUUUUAAAAUGACGUAAGAAUUG